UAAAAACGGAGACACAUCUGAGCAAAGAGACAACAGACCCUGGAAAGGUUGUGGCAAAAAGGGCACCGGAGACUCCAAGGCUCAAACAUUAGCGCAGGUCUAAAUUCAAACCUAUUUUCAAGGUCCGUUCUGCUGGAUUUCCGAAAUAGAAUUUGCCAGACAGCUCGACUUCGCCAACUCACGCAGGAGCGCAGCAACUUCGAUCUUUUUUUUUUUUUUUGCUCAGCGUUAUUUUUUACAAAGCCACCGUGGCGUUAUAGAGCAGAGGUUCGCCUUUCCGAUCAAAUCGCAAUUAUAGCUACAUUAAAACGUGAAUAGAUUUUUAAAGAAGAACAGCAGCAACAACAAGAAGAGAAACAAGGCGAAAAUGACUUGCAUAGUUAGUAGGCUGUUUGCCACUGUGACGGUGUUGCUUCUGUGGCGGGUGGAGGAGAUCGCAGAAGCAUGCAGCUGCUCCCCUGUGCACCCACAGCAGGCUUUUUGCAAUGCAGAUGUUGUCAUCAGGGCCAAGAUGGUUGGAAGGAAAGAGGUGGAUUCUGGGAACGACAUCUACGGCAAUCCCAUCAAGAGAAUCCAGUAUGACAUCAAACAGAUCAAGAUGUUCAAAGGCCCAGACCGGGACAUUGAGGUCAUCUUUACCGCCCCCUCCUCAGCAGUGUGCGGGGUCACCAUGGACACCAAUGGAAAGAAGGAGUAUCUCAUCACAGGCAAGACGGAGGCCGAUGGGUCCAUGCACGUGACCCUGUGUGAUUUCAUCACCCCGUGGGAGACCAUGAGCCCCACGCAGAAGAAGAGCCUGAGCCAGCGAUACCAAAUGGGCUGCGACUGCAAGAUCACUCGAUGUCCCUCCAUCCCAUGCACGAUCAAUAGCCCGGAGGAGUGCUUGUGGACAGACUGGGUAAUGGAGAAGAGCAUCAGUGGUCGCCAGGCCAACCACUACGCCUGCAUCAAGAGGAGCGAUGGCUCCUGCGCCUGGUACCGUGGGGUCGCACCGCCCAAGAAAGAGUUCAUGGACAUUGAGGACCCCUAAUCCUGUCCAGCUGCCCACUGCAGAGCCCGCAUAGAAAUGCCUGUAUUAAUAGAAUAAAUAAAAAUAAAAAACAAGCAGACAAACACAAAAAGAAUAAUGUUAUGAUAAAAAAACACAAUUAAAGUAACCGUUGAUAUGGACAUAGAACAUGCAACACAAAUAGACUGGGUGAGUGAUGAUGUCACUUCCUGGAAUAGGCUGGCAGCAGGAAACAUUGUCAACGCUGUGAAUAGAGCACUUUCUGCCCCAAAAAGCUCUUAACCUUCUUCUUUUUUUUUUUUUUUUUU